CGCGUCGGUCCCUUUGAUCUUCGCAGUUCUAAGCGCGACUGUUUGUUACUUUCAAGUCGCGCGGAUCGACACAUCAUAAAGAACUUUUCCUCCCUCGCGCGAGUCUCGAACGCUCGUCUGAGCGCGGAAAACAGCGACGACAACAACCAGAAGUACAUUAAUAAAGUUCGCUCGAUCGCGUGAAUAUGCCGCAGCUGAACGGUGGAGGGGGAGAUGAUCUCGGGGCGAAUGAUGAGAUGAUCGCCUUUAAACAUGAAGGAGAUCACGAGGAGAAGAUCCGCGAGAGCGCAUACACGGAGAGCGACCUGGCUGAUCUCAAAUCAUCUCUGGUCAAUGAAUCCGAAAUCAGCCAGAACUCAAACUCUGCCGUGAUCAGAAGAGGACAGCAGGAAGAUCAGAGAAUCUACACUGAUAAACGAGAACAUCUGGACGACGUGCCCAGACAUCAAGAUGGUGGAAUGUAUAAAGCGUCGUAUUCUGGAUACCCGUUCCUGAUGCUGCCUGAGCCGUAUCUACCGAACGGACCCGUCUCACCAUCUAGGAAGAAACUCCUACAGGUUUGGAACGACGUGAGGUCCAACAAAGUGUCGGUGGUCCAGCAGGGGAUGCAUCCUCUGACGCCGCUGCUGCCCUACGAUCACUUCAACCCCAGUGCUCCACACAUUCCCACAGACGUCAGCCAGAAACCAGGAGUUCACAGGCAUCAGUCGCAGGAAAUCUCCGGUUUCUACCAGCUGCCUCAAGGCCAGAUCCCCCCGUCCAUGAACUGGCCCAAUCAGCCUGUCUAUCCUCUGCCCUCCUGCAGCUUCAGACAGUCCUUCUCCUCCAGCCUCCAGAGCAGCUCCUCCUUCCCCAGGUUCUCUCAUUCUCUGAUGCUUCAGUCCGGCAUGCACCCUACAGGCAUCCCACACCCCGCGAUAAUGCCUCCCUCCGGCAAACAGGAGCACGACCAGUUCGACAGGAACAUUUAUGUCAAAUCUCAUCCAGAGGCGAAGCGUGAGAAGGAGCCCAAGAAGCCGGUGAUCAAGAAGCCGCUGAACGCGUUCAUGCUCUACAUGAAAGAGAUGCGGGCCAAAGUCAUCGCUGAGUGCACGCUGAAGGAGAGCGCCGCCAUCAACCAGAUCCUGGGCCGACGGUGGCACGCUCUGACCCGCGAGGAACAGGCCAAGUACUAUGACCUGGCGCGGAAGGAGCGGCAGCUUCACAUGCAGCUUUAUCCCAGCUGGUCGGCCCGCGACAACUACCGUGAUCACGUCCUUCUCUCAUCACCACAGGGCAAAAAGAAGCGAAGGAAACGAGACAAGCAGGACUCCAGCACAGACCCCGGCUCGCCAAAGAAAUGCCGCGCUCGCUUCGGCCUCAACCAACAAACGGACUGGUGUGGCCCCUGCAGGAGGAAAAAGAAGUGCAUUCGCUACCUUCAAAGAGGACGCUGCGCCAGCCCCCAUUCUUCCGAUGGAAGUGCUAUAGACUCCUCCCCUUCACCUGUCAAUCACCCGCCAAACCCCGCCUCCCCCACCAGCAGUCCCCUCCCACAGAGCGCCAAACGCUCCGCCCACCCGCCCAGACUCUCGCUCGACUUCAGCAGAAUUAAAACAGAGAGCGCCGUAAGGCAGCCACAAUGACUGACGGCUCGGUCGCUGCGGAGACUGAUCUCACGUUCUUCAAGUUCUCUUCACUUCAGUUUCCUC